UCAAGGCUCAGGGCUUCGCGUCUUGAAUGAAACGCAGCUUCAGAGACAUGGAACAACAAAAUUCUCAGCGGGCGCCAAUUAAUGACGGCAACAGAAAGCGAGAGGACAUCCUGGAAAGUGCACAGUAUUUUAUGGGUGUGGCCCUGCUGGCGGCUCAGAGGAGCAGGGACCCAAGCACGCAGGUUGGAGCCUGUAUAGUGAACGAGGAGAAGAAGAUUGUUGGUGUGGGUUACAAUGGUAUGCCCAAUGGUUGUGGUGAUGACACGCUGCCAUGGCGCCGAUCAGGUGAUAGCCCUGUGGAGACAAAGUACUUUUAUGUGUGUCACGCAGAGCUGAAUGCCAUUAUGAAUAAGAACAGUGCUGACUUGAAGGGCUGCACAAUCUAUGUGACUUUGUUCCCCUGCAACGAAUGUUCAAAGCUCCUCAUCCAGGCAGGCAUUAAGAACGUCAUCUAUUUAUCUGAUAAGUACCAUGACGAUGAAAAGACAGUUGCUUCCAGAAGGAUGCUGGACUUGGCAGGCAUACCAUACCAGCAGCUCAAGCCCAAGGAGCCUCAGCUUGUCAUUGACUUCAGUUCCAAUUGAAAAUGAAAUCUGCUCAACAUGGGGAGCCAGUGAAUGAGGAGGACAGGCAUGGGAGGGGAGAAAAAGCUUUUAUAUCCAGGAUGUUCAAGAACAUUUAAUUUGAUGCUUCUCCCUCUGUGGCUCAGUGUGGGAAAAGGGUCUAUCUUUCUGUUUUCAUCUG